GAACAGCCCAGAACCUAGACAAACGCUGAAGAAUGCGCAUGCUCAGAAAGCAACUCCUUCCAACCUCCAGCACGGUUUGCAGAGUCUUACGCCUGCGUAUUGUACGCAAUGACUAAGGUGAAGCGAGCAGGAAAUGAAGCUGCGACUCCUUCGAUAGCUGCCAACUGCGCCUGCGUGAGGGGCUUGUGGCCCCGGAAGUAUUUCUCCGUUAUUCACAGUUUGUUGGUGGCAGUGGGGUUUCUACGGCGUGUCUGCAGACGGUUCCUUUUUCUGUCACUGUUUUUUCUCUUUUCCUGUGUCACCAUGUCCCGAGGUUCCAGCGCCGGCUUUGACCGGCAUAUCACUAUUUUUUCCCCCGAGGGGCGCCUGUACCAAGUAGAGUAUGCAUUUAAGGCCAUAAACCAGGGUGGCCUUACAUCAGUAGCAGUUCGUGGGAAGGACUGUGCAGUUGUCGUCACACAGAAGAAAGUACCUGACAAGCUACUGGAUUCUAGCACAGUAACUCACUUAUUCAGAAUAACUGAAAAUAUCGGAUGUGUAAUGACAGGCAUGACAGCGGACAGCAGGUCCCAGGUGCAGAGGGCCCGCUAUGAAGCUGCAAACUGGAAAUACAAGUAUGGAUACGAUAUUCCAGUGGAUAUGCUAUGUAAAAGGAUUGCAGAUAUUUCCCAGGUCUACACGCAGAAUGCGGAAAUGAGGCCUCUUGGUUGCUGCAUGAUUUUGGUUGGCGUUGAUGAAGAGAACAAUCCUCAGGUGUACAAGUGUGAUCCAGCAGGCUAUUACUGUGGGUUUAAAGCUACGGCUGCAGGAGUCAAACAAACAGAAUCUACUAGCUUCCUGGAGAAGAAAGUGAAGAAAAAAUUGGACUGGACAUUUGAACAGACAGUGGAGACAGCAAUAACUUGCCUCUCUACUGUGUUGUCCAUUGACUUCAAACCUUCUGAAAUAGAAGUAGGAGUUGUCACAGUUGAAAAUCCUAAAUUCAGGAUUCUUACAGAAGCAGAGAUUGAUACACACCUUGUCGCUCUAGCAGAGAGAGAUUAGCUCUAUUUAGAAUUCCUAAUUACGUGACUUCAAGCUACAAUACUUGGUGAAAACGAACUUGGUUAAUGGAUCUGGAUUAUGGGCUCCAAAUGAAAUGCUCACUAUCUGAUGUAUUUUACUCUGUACAAAUAAAACAGGUUUUGGAAAA